UCUCUCUCUCUCUCUCUCUCUCUCUCUCUCUCCUGAGAAAGGACAAAGAGGUGGUAGGGGGGAGGGGGGAGGAGAGGAGAGGAGAGUGUGCAUGUUGUCUCAUGCAAAAGUGGAGGAGAAUUUAAUUCCUUCCCUACCCUAAAGAUCAAGAGCUAUCUAUGUCUUGAAGAAAGACAAUACAUGCUUUAGAAGGAGACAAAUUGCUUUUCCUUCUUUUCUUUUAAGCCCUUCGUGUCUCUCUUCCACACACACACACGCAUCAUACAUAGUCUUUGUCUAUUUUUGGAGUAGCAGUUGUCGAGGGAGAGAGCAAGAAAGAAAGGUGUGCAAUAUAUGGGCAUAAGAGGAAACCAAAGGAAAUGACUUGGUGCAAUGACUGCAACGAUGUGCAAACAAUUGAAAGAAGCUCACCUCCACCUUGUAAUGCAAGUGUUAUUGCUCAAAGACACAAAGAAUGCUUGAUUCGAAGUUGCCCUUCAUGUGGGCACCAAAUCAAAUGCCAAGACCAGGCAAGAAUCCAUGACUUGCCAGGGCUACCGGCCGGAGUGAAGUUUGAUCCGACUGAUCAAGAGCUGCUUGAGCAUUUGGAGGGGAAGGUGAAGUCUGAUACCCGCAAGGUCCACCCUCUAAUUGAUGAGUUCAUCCCUACAAUCGAUGGAGAGAAUGGGAUUUGCUAUACACACCCAGAAAAGUUGCCAGGUGUGAGCAAAGAUGGGCUAAUGCGCCACUUCUUCCAUCGGCCAUCAAAGGCAUACACGACUGGAACAAGAAAGAGGAGAAAGGUGCACACGGACACAGAAGGUGGUGAGACGAGAUGGCACAAAACAGGCAAGACUAGACCGGUUCUUGUUGGUGGAAAAGUGAAAGGGUACAAGAAGAUACUAGUGCUUUAUACCAACUAUGGGAAGCAAAGGAAGCCAGAGAAAACAAAUUGGGUGAUGCAUCAAUACCAUCUUGGAAACAAUGAAGAAGAGAAAGAUGGAGAGCUUGUGGUUUCUAAAGUUUUCUACCAAACACAACCUAGACAAUGUGGUUCUCUCAUCAAGGAUUCUGUUUCUGUUCCUUCAAAAUUAAAGGUGCAAAGUAGUGGGCAUGAGGGCUCUAACCUUAAGAAUAGUACCACUCUUGUUGAGUACUAUCACCCUUCUUCUUUUAUAUCCUUUGACCAAAGUGGACAGAAUAGAUCAACAAACCCUAACCCUCCUCAACAGCUACUCUCCCAUUUUGCAGUUCAUGAUGGAUCUUCUUUUAUCCCCUGAAAAAUAAAGCAAUGGGAGUCUAUGGCUGCAUGAUAUGGUGGCCUAUGUAGCAAAAUAUAGAGCUUCCAAGUUCCAAUCUUUGAGCACUGGUGAAAUAAAUUAAUAUAUAUAUAUGAACUUAGGAGAGGCCAAAAGGCAGAAGACAUUGAGAAGAAUAAAUAUCUUUGGCAAAGAACUAGGAGCCAGAUUCUUGAGGGUUAGAGAAUUGAAGAAUAUUUCGGCAAUAUUAAUUCCUUUCUUCUUCUUCUUCACUUUCUUUAUUAAUUCAUGCUUUGUACAGUGUGACAAAGAUGUAAAUUUCACAUGGGUUCUAACCCUUUUUCUACGAGAGAAUGUUAACUUUGGACCUGUACAAAGAUGAUGAUUCUUAAACUAUAAAUAUUCUGACAGGAUUUGUUUCGUA